ACGUAUAAGACUGUUGCUAUCUUGUUCUGGAUCAUCCUUAGCGGCGAUCGCUAUGCAUGUUGUAUAUGUAUUAUAUAUACGCCCACUUGAACAGUUUCACUUUUAUAUAUAUGCAAAUAUAUACGACUAGACACGACUACACUUUUCAAAAGACAAGUAUCUGGAUAACGGACGAGGGAGAUACAAAAGCUUAGUGGCUUUGGGAUUUGAAGAAAACCAGCUACUUACUAGAGUGUGUGCUUGUGAGAGUGUAGUUUGAAGAAAACCCUCUAAGACGCUAAGAAAACAGAAACACGUUGUUUUAUUAAAGCAUACAUGUACCGAUCGGCCUAACAAUGGUUGGACAAAAUGUUCUAGUGGCCAUUUGUUCUGUCGGAGCAGGAGUAUUGGGUUUCAUCGCAGGACUCCUUAUCAUGUUUGUCGUCAAAAGCUGUCAGGCUAGCGAUGAAACUGAUACGGAAAAAGGACUUCCGUAUACACCACGACGAGAGUCCCUCCCACGGGAAUACUGUUCCCGGGGUGGGGUUUUUGAUCGGAGACCCCCGGAAAGUGUGGCCUCCGUGGCCCCAAUAACGAGUGACGGCGAGAGCGGCGUAUACUGUAGAAUCUCAAAGUUUGACUUCCCCGUAGUGACAGAGGACGCUGCUAUUCAGACCAACGAGGCCAAUGACGCUGAUUAUGUGUACCUGGUCAAAUUUGAACAAGCUGUCCAAUGUGACAUCAUCAGCGCAUGCCCCCCGCAGUCGCCAUGCAACCAAUCAACUUCGUCGAACGGUCCUGAAAACACUAUGUCUUAUUCCGCCUACAGACGUCACGUGAUGGAUGCCUUUAGUAAGUGGCAGAUCCUGCCAGCCGCGGCCAUGACGUCACAACCAUGUAUCGAAGAUGACAGAGGGUGGUCUCAUCAUAAACUAGAUAAAUGUAAACAAACUAGCAAAGCAGCAGGUCAAAACGAGGCAGCAGACGACAGCGAUUUACUAGUGAUCAAGCUAACAUCGAAUGUCCGUACUUUCCUUUACAUGAACGGCUUGUGUGAGACAGCGUCUUCGGUUGCGACGCCAAUCACCAUGACUAAGACAGAGGCGACUGGGGACAGUCACUCUAGUCCCACAAGACAGAUCGCUACUAUACAGUGGUCAAGCCAUGGAAACCGUACUAACGGUCAGUCUGAGAUUGAAAGUACAUUGAAAAAUUCAGAACCAAUUUUGGAGGCAGACAACCAUUACAUGAAUAACGAGGACUAUCUACCUAUGGAUGGUGAAAGUGCUGAGGACUAUUUACCAAUGAAAAAUCUAUCGGAAGAUGACGAAUACGUAUUGCCAGAAAUCAAAGAUAACUACUCAUACUUAGCAUCACUCCAAAGACAAACUAGUUCAAUGAAAACUAAUUUUGCUUGUGUCAAAGCUACACAAAAUACGGUUACGUCACUUCCGGAUGCAUAUGAUGCUUCCGGUCGCUCCGGUGAAAGUCAGAAGACAAGUCCGUAUAGUUCGGGAUCCACCAGCGAGUGUAACGUUAAACAAUGCCCUAGUGAGUGUGUUUCGGAGGAUGAGUACUAUCUGCCGAUGACUACAAAGGCAUCUUUUGUUAACGAGGACUAUUACAAUUGUAGUCGUCUGAAAGAAGACGACGACGAUUACCUUCCCAUUGAUGAACAUACACUACCUUGUGGGUGUGGAAAAACAAGACAACACUCCUCACAAGAUUCGGAUUACGCCAACUAUCGGCCGAGCGCUGGAUACGUGGACGAACGCUGAGGCUGUGUGACAGAGCUUGUGUCUAUGUCAAACGUGAUAAAAAGCCACAAUUGGGAUUCCGAAAAGUGAUCCCUUGAUGUAGGUAGUCUUUCUUGUCUGUCUCUUCCCUCGUUCCUGGAAACAAUAUCUGGAUUAAAAAACAAUGGUUUGAUAUAAUGGUAAAAUCAGAUAAGUGAUAGACCAGAUCUGGAUAUUCUAGCGUAACGAUAUUUGGAAACAGACGUGUUCUUCUUACCGUGGCUGUCGCGCCAUUAUUAUGACGAGGACUGUAGGGAAUUUGUAUACUCCAUAUCAAAUGCACCUUCCUGUACUCACAAGCCGGAAUACUUAUCACAGGUGUUUUAACCUUUUUCUAUUGUAAAGGAAGUAUUAUUAGACGUUUUACGGAUCAAGAUCAACAUUUGCAAUAAUACUGUCCGCGAAGGACUGUAUACGCAGAAAGGAUACAAACUUUAGAAGUUUUGAAAAUGAACCUGACUGAAUUUUCUAGUCAGAUGCAAAAAUAACUUUUUUGGUGGCCCAAAAAUGCUUGACAUCGUUGGAGAGAUGUUUUACUUUACUUUCACUUACCUAUAGCUGCUAAGCAAAAUCAAAUUGCAUUUCGCAGGCACGGUUUCAUCCCAAAUAUAUAACGCCGUUUGAAUGCUCUAAGGAAUACGAUACCGCCAACACCGAUAGGUAAGCUCGAAGGGCCCGUAUGAAUAGUUCAGAUCUUAUUGGUUGCGCUUUUUGGACUAUUAGCGAUUUCACAACAAAGAGUCGUCAUCAAAGAACGAGAGGCUUCAAGAAGAAAUAAGAUUUUUUUCAUCUGAAAAUUGAUUUUCCGGCGUUAAUGCGUCAUACUCUCGUCUGUUGAUGAUUCAAAACAUCGUAAUGGCAAGUUUUGUGAUAAAUGCAAAUUAUGCCUGUGUUAAGAGAAUACCCCUUUCUUGGAAAAAGAAGGCCAACGAAAGAAAAAUUAUUUAUCAUUCCAACGAUGCCAAGCAUUUUUGUAUACACACCAGAAAUGCACUUCCUUUUUGCAUUGAAAGAGUAAGGUGGGGGUCCAUCUUUAACUUUAAUUAGACUCGACAGACUGUGUCCAUUUCACUGCCAAUACCGCCUUUUUCAGAUAUUUCGAUUGAUAAUAGACACUUGUAACGACGACUGUGACACUGACUUUCAAAAUGAUGAGUGUUAUGUUACCCGUUACUGGUUCGUUUUGCUUCAGUAUCAAAGGUAAUUAAAUUUGCCUUCAUUGUGUGUACUCCUUGUGGAAGCUCCUCACAAAGCGAGAGUGUAAAGUGAGGGUGUUGCACUAGAAUAUGGAAUCAUGUGGUAAGUGAGUAGGUGCAGGAAGGGAAUAAAAGACAACGUAUCAAUAAAUAUGUGUUCGUAUAUUAUUAACGGGGAGGAGGAACACGAGGAGGGGCAGUGUUGAAAGAAAGUACGCGACACUGUGGACUAUUCCAGAUAGGGGGGAUUCCGAAUUGACUCGCUCUAGGUUUGGGAUUUUAAGCAAAAGGGUUUUCAGGAAUUUCAGACCUUUAAUACACAAAAGGGUAUGCUUAUAUAACAAGUAUUACAUUCCAGAAAUCGAUGUGAUUUUAAUGAGAUUUUACAUUCAGCUGCUGUAUGAAGCCACUUUAGUAGGGGACACCGGGGCAAGAUCGGUCAAUUUUUAUUCAAGUCGUUCCGAGCUGUAUGUACACCAUUUUGAAGAGAAAAAUCCACGCCUUUCAUAGAAUUAUAAGAAAAGAGCAAAUCCAUCCGUACUUGAAGAAUUAUUUAGCUUUUUCUGUCGGAACUUCAGAUGACUAAACGUGCCGCACCCAACCCGAGGCAAAAAUAUCAAGGUCUGGCCUGACUUACCCCGCUCUGCCCUACGUACAUGCACACAACCAGGGACGUAUAGUGUCCCUGCUAUAUGUUAUUACCAAACAUUUUAGCUAAUAACUUUAAUAUUUGAAGUU